AUGAGGACAUUCGUCCUCGUUUUGUGCCUCGUCGGACACUGCUAUGCCUCGUUCUGGAGUUUCGAUGGUCACGGGGGUGGAUUGACUUUGGGGGAGAUCUCCCUGGACCAUCAUCACGACCUGCCUGCCAUUUCUCUAGGAGAGCAUGGACACGAGCUCACCCCGUUGGAGUCCGUGGACCAUGGGUGGCAUGGGUGGCAAGGAGGGUGGGAUGAGCAGAUCAGCAUCGGCCAUGCUGGCCAUGGGAUCAAAGUCAUCCCCGUGGUGAAACAUAUUGGUAUUCCAGUGGUGAAGGAAGUCGAGAUCAAGAUUCCGCAUCCAGUGGUGCAAACCGUACCACAACCGUAUCCGGUCGCCGUUCCGGUUCCGCAGCCCGUUCCUUACGAGGUAAUUAAACCGGUGUUCACCAAGGUGGAGAAGAAGGUACCGACACCUGUGGAGAAGAUUAUCCCUGUCAAAGUGGAGAAGCCAGUACCUUUCAAGGUGUACAAACACAUCCCGGUACCUGUCGAAAAGCCUGUACCAAUCAAGAUACCUGUGUACAAAACGGUCUACCACAAGAGCGGAUGGCACUGA